CCGGAGGCCGGCCGGCCGCAGCAUGGCUCACGGGCCUGGCGCGCUGAUGCUCAAGUGCGUGGUGGUCGGCGACGGGGCGGUGGGCAAGACGUGCCUACUCAUGAGCUAUGCCAACGACGCCUUCCCGGAGGAGUACGUGCCCACUGUCUUCGACCACUACGCAGUCAGCGUCACCGUAGGGGGCAAGCAGUACCUCCUGGGACUCUAUGACACAGCCGGACAGGAAGACUAUGAUCGUCUGAGGCCUUUAUCUUAUCCAAUGACUGAUGUCUUCCUUAUAUGCUUCUCUGUGGUAAAUCCAGCCUCAUUUCAAAAUGUGAAAGAGGAGUGGGUACCAGAACUUAAGGAAUACGCACCAAAUGUACCCUUUUUAUUAAUAGGAACUCAGAUUGAUCUCCGAGAUGACCCCAAAACUUUAGCAAGACUGAAUGAUAUGAAGGAAAAACCUAUAUGUGUGGAACAAGGACAGAAACUAGCAAAAGAGAUAGGUGCGUGCUGCUAUGUAGAAUGUUCAGCUUUAACCCAGAAGGGAUUGAAGACUGUUUUUGAUGAGGCUAUCAUAGCCAUUUUAACUCCAAAGAAACACACAGUAAAAAAAAGAAUAGGAUCAAGAUGUAUAAACUGUUGUUUAAUUACGUGAGAAACGUCUUCAGUGGCCAAGUAAACUGUCCAUUUCUCUCAGAAAGCAUAUGAAAUGCUAAAGCUAUACCCAGACCUCUUAAAAAUAAUGAAG